AUCCCCGAACAACGUCAGCUAACAUUAGCACCUUCUCGCUACGUAUAUAGACGAACCGCUCGGUAUGUGCAACAGCAGCGAACCCGAAGGAGGCAGAAGCACGUGUGGCGACAGCUGGGAGGACCAGCUCUAGGGGGGGAAACCCAAAGGGGCCUUCAUGACUUGAAACUCAGAUAUUGGCAGCACCGUCAGCAUCAGGGCUGCAAGAUGAGUGACUCCGAGAAUGGCAGCGAGUUUGACGGUGAAAUUGAGGAGACAGAAUUUGGACUUUACAUGCAGCUUUAUUUUGAAUCCAAUCCAGAAUAUAAAGCAUGUGAUAGUUCCCACAUUAGACACAAGUUAUCUGGCAAGGAGAACAUAGAAGAAUCACCCAAGUCAAAUGAGAAUAUUAAUGAAGAUAAGGAAACGGAAGUAAGAGAAUAUGAUCGGGUCUCUGAUAAAGGCAAGGAAUGCACUACCAGUUGCAUUAACGAAAAUAACAUUACAUUUUCAAGAAAUGUCAAUAAGAAUGAUACCAAAGGGAGGGAUACUGCAGAUAACACUGAUAUACCUUGCUCAGAAAGUCCAGAUGGGAGGGAUCCCCAGAGCCAACUGAAAAGGGUAUCUAGAGAUAGGCUCUCUAGUAUUUGUAGUAUAGACAGCAUAUCUGGCAGUGUCCCUCUGGAUAACUUGUACUGUGUUGAUUUAAUUUCUGAUGAAGAGGAAGGAGGAAUCAACCAGAAAUUGGCCAUGUCUGAGAGUUUAGAUCAGGAGGCUCCACGAGAAACUAGCAAUUCAAAGAAAAGGAAAAGGUUCAGAUAUUCGUCUGACAGUGAUAGAGAGGAAUCAAGAUGUGCUAGUAUAGUUAUGAAGGUAAAGACACAUAAGAAAAGGAUAACAAGUAAAGAAAGAUGCAGCACUCCAAGGGACAGUGAUGAUAAUGAGGAUGUUUAUGUGCUUCCCCCUCCACCACCACAGCAAGUUUCAGUUGUGGAUUUAGCUUCAACUUCUGAUAGUGAUCCUGCAGUUGACACCAACUUGAAAGAAAAGCCAAAUACCAAGACUAAAUGCAAAUUUGAUUCACAAGUUGACCACACACCCAAAUGUAUAUCUAAAGCAAAAGCGGUAAAAUCACCUAAGAAGUUAGUGAAUGGUGACCUUUCCCAAAUAAUUGCCGCCUUGAAGAGAGGCAAUAAGAGAACCAAUUUUGCUAGUGAGUCUGACACAGAGAGUGAGACAGAUUCACUCGAGGGGGAAUUAGAAACAAACUUGACAAUGAAUUUGGACAAAGGAUUAAAAAGAUACCUUGAAAAUGAUAAGCAGCACAAGAAUAGAACAACAGGAAAGGUUAAGAAUGUGAGAAGCUUUGACUACAGCAAAACACUUACUAAAAGCACACAUCUGCCAAGCUGUAAGAAGUGGACAGCCUCUAUGGCCUCUUUCUAUGAUACAGAUAUAUCAGAAGACCUGCAUAUAGAGGCAGUACAUCAGCAACAAACAAAUUCACGAAGGGACUGGCAUAUUAAUGCAAAUGAUUAUCCAGUCCAACAAAGAGGUCGAUAUUUCACCAGGGAAGUAAGAUGUACUCGGUGUCGACAGUUUGGUCACCUGGAGAAGGAUUGUCCAAGAGUACCACAUUGUCACCUUUGCUCCCAAACAGGACAUACAGUGAGAUACAUGUGUCCAGACAACUGUUGCUUUAGAUGUGGUGGAGAACCCCAUGGAUUUUGCUACAACACUUCAGCUGCUGUCAGAUGCCAUUUGUGUGGCUUUCAUGGUCAUCGGAUGCAGUUGUGUCCGGAUUUGUGGAGGAGAUUUCACAUAACAACAUCUGGUGAAGAAGUACAGAGCCCAGAUUAUCAUGAGGUUCGCCCAUUAAAAGAACAGUAUUGUUGCAUAUGUGCUAAGCGAGGGCAUUAUAGCUAUAUUUGUCCUCUAAGGCAUGAAAACUCUUAUUACUGUCACGUUCCACAAACGGUCAUCAGCUACUCUUCACCAGCUUUACAGAAAAAUGGGAAACUGACAGGCACUUCAGGAGACGAAAUUUUAGAGGUGCCAGCAGAUAUUACAAAAUUCUCAGUGCAGCAACGAGAUGCUGGACGCUUAAUAGGACGGCAAGGAUUGGUUGUAAAAGAAGUCCAGAAACUAUCAAAUACUAAAAUUAUUAUUACUACAAAGCAUGGAAAAUGUCAGGUUCACAUCUGUGGAAGUUGGAAAGACAGGAAAUUUGCAAAAGGAAUACUUCACGUUCUCCUUGGUAUUAUACCAGUAGGUGAAUAUAAAGAGUACAUUACCAAUAUAGCCAACGUAACCGAUGACCCUAAUAUACAGGAUCUCUUGACGUACUCAGAUUCAAACAAAGUCUUUACAGAACUGGAAGAGAGUAACCAGUCCUUACAGGGUUAUCACGGCAGAAUCAGCAAAAGCUCCUCACGCAUCCUAGAUAAUCUUCCCAGGACAAAAGAAGAUCUCUUGGCCAAAAUAGCUGAGAGCAUUUCAGAUAUAAGGUCCGUUGAUUUUAACGUGAAGAGACGCGUUAAACUCUUGAAGAAGGAGAGAGACUUGUUUGAUUUUAAUGAUGCAUCUCCAGAUAUUAUUCGUCGAGUGCAGAAGUUGUUGAAUGAGUUAUCAAGAGUCAUUAUAGGUAGAGAGAUGUAUGGCAAUGGUAAGGACAUCCACAAAAGUUUAUCCACAUUGCAAAGCCAAGUAGAAGCAUGUAAAAGUAAUAGAGUGCCUGAAGAUUUGUGUGAGAACAUUGCACAUACUCUUUGUAUGGUAUAUAAUCCUUCAAUUGAAAAAGUAGAUAUCAUAUUGAGCUAUGCAGAAGACUAUCUGGAAAAAGUGAGGCAAACUAAUGGGAAGAAAGAAGACUAUCUGGAACGAUUUAGAAGCACUUACAAGAAGAAACGAGAUAAUAAUACUCUUUCAGGGGAAAAUGGGUUCAAAGUGCUAAAGAAAAAGCUCAAGAGAGUUAAAAGCAAGAGUGGAAAUUUAAUAAAAAACCUAGAUCUGAUAUGUAAACACAAUAGAUUACAGUUAAAAUGUAAGCACUGUAAAAAUGAAGCACAAGAAAUGCAUAGCAGGUGUAGGCAUAAUGCAAAACAAAAAAAUUGUGGACUUUGUAAGAAACAAAAAGAUAUGAAGAAAAAGGGUAAAAUGUGUAUACAUGAUUGCCUAAAAGGUAAAUGUAAGAAGUGCAAAAAGAAGAAAAAACCCAAACGAAAUAGUACCGCAUUUUGGAAUGAAAUAUUUAAGAACUGAUGAGUUCCAAAAAGUGUUGAAAGGAGUUAAAAUUAUCCCACAAAUUAUUUUAUUUAUUAAUUAUAUAGCUAUGAUAUUUUUUCAGCAAUACAGGUUUGUGUAAAGGUGCUGUAAAUUUUAAAUCCACUGGAAUUCUUUUGAGCUUAAGGAAUUUCAACUGUAGCCAUUAAAUUGACUACUUAAAUCCCAAUGCAAGCCUCAUUUUUCUUUUUGAAGAAAAACUAUCCUUUGAAUAUAAACAAAUUAUAUAAAUAAAGCUUGAGUUGAAAUGUG